AUGCUGGCGCUUCCUGUGGUCGCAAGUGAUGCUUCCACCAAUGAUGUUGGGUGGCAGGGCAGCCCCAAUAAUCGAGGAACUUGGGACAUUAUCCUCAGUUGUGGAACGACUAUUUUCGCAUGCACAUGGAGUAUCCAACAUUUGAAUGUACCAGCGACACAAGACAGCACCAUCAAAAAGAUAGUACGAAGCUGCCGAUGGAUGGUCAUCACAAUCUUGUUUCCCGAAUUCAUUUUGGCACAUGCGUUCUUCGAGCUCUUGAUGGCAAUUGAGGCCACAAAAUUGAUUGAGGGAACUGGAAGCAUGGCAGUGACAUAUCCGAGGUUAAUCAAGGGGCUUUUAAUUCGAAGUCAUAUGCAAAAUAAGGACCCAGAACAGGGCAAGCAUUAUGAUAAGCCAGAGUGGACACUCACACACUCAUAUUUCGCCAAUAUGGGAGGCCUUUUCUUCAACCAUAAAGAUGAGCAGGGACAUACCGAGUUCCCUCUGACAGCCUUUCAAUAUGCCAGAGAGCUUGACCGUUAUUCUUGCGCGCCAGUUUACGAAGACGAGAUCAAAGACAAGGGCAAACAGGAUUUCUUCGCCAAGGGAAUUGCCACACUGCAGAUAAGCUGGUUGAUUUUAUCACUUAUCACUCGAAAGGCGCGGAGCUUGCCUUUCUCUCAAUUUGAAACGCUCACCUUGGGUCUCGCGGUCUGCGGUGUGGCCAUUUAUGUCGUAUACUGGUACAAGCCUCAAGGCGUUGGUGUCCCGAUAAAGGUUGCAAAACGAGAAGGCUCCGUGGUGCCCCAAUUUUCUAGAACAUACGACAGCUUUUGGGAUGUUCUUUCAAACUCGAGAAAAAACCCAAGUUUUCAGCGGGUCCACCGAAUCAAGAAUGACAACAUCCCUCUCGCCGAGUCAGAUAAAUGGAACACAGCGAUCAUUGUCUUGGGUAUAUUGUCUGCGUUGUUUGGCUGUCUUCAUAUAAUCGCAUGGAAUUUCGAGUUCCCCUCCGAGGUGGAGAAGCUCCUUUGGAGAAUCGCAACUGUGAUGUCGAUUUUAGUUCCUGGACUUGGGUUGAGCACUCUUCUGCUGGCACAAAUCACCACCCCGGAUGGUGACCCCCGAGAGUUUAUGCGCAAUUGCCUCUAUGUUCUGAGGGAAUUGUCAUGGUUCUAUCAUGAUACCUGUGGCGUCUCGAGGGCAAUGAUAGCCUUGGAAAAUAUUUACAACAACCAGAGCUCGGAAGGAGAAAACGCACAGUGCUCAUACAAACAUAUUCUUACCAUCGCUCACACUGGAGCUCCACUUUGGAUAGAGAUGCUCAAGUUUAUGAAAAAAGAAACCCCAUACGAGAAAAGCAAUUCAACUCAGGUGCCCGAGGAAUUUCUAUCUCAGUUCAGCUUUCUUGUCAAAUUGUUGAAUGAAGAAGGGCCAAAAAAAUUGAUAGAUUGCGCAAAGCCUAACUUGUUCCCCCGUCGACUCUUGAUUUCAAGCUGGGUGAACUUGUUCAUUCUGUAUGCCACCAACCUGGUCUACAUUGCGUCCAGACUUAUGAUCAUGGCUUUGGCUCUCGCGAGUCUUAGGUCUAUGCCAGAACAGGUUUAUAUCACAACAUGGACAAGGAAUAUUCCAGCCAUACAAUAG